AUAUAAAUUGUUAUCUCCCUUUAUUCUUCUUCAGUCAUUGAUUGGUGACGUUGUUGUCAUAUGACGAAAAGACGUGCUUUUUGUAAUAAAUUAUGUAGAUAAUCGCAUAGACUGGCUAUAUGGAACUAUUCAAGGACUGAAAGAAUGCAAAAAUCAUAGGAUCGUAUUUAGUUAGAAGAAUAUCCAUAGUUUUGUGAUCAGAGCUAACUCAAAAUGGGGGCUUUACUAAGGAGUGAGGAGAUGACAUUAUGUCAGUUAUUUCUCCAAUCAGAAGCUGCUUACACAUGUGUGUCUGAGUUAGGAGAACUUGGACUUGUACAGUUUAGAGAUCUGAAUCCAGAUGUAAAUGCAUUUCAGCGAAAGUUUGUGAAUGAAGUAAGAAGGUGUGAUGAGAUGGAAAGAAAAUUAAGAUUUCUUGAAAAAGAAAUAAAGAAAGAUGGUAUACCAAUGUUAGAUACUGGUGAUAAUCCUGAUGCUCCUGCUCCUAGAGAAAUGAUUGACCUAGAGGCAACCUUUGAAAAGUUAGAAAAUGAGAUGAAAGAAGUGAAUGCUAACUCAGAAGCAUUGAAGAGAAAUUUCCUAGAACUGACAGAAUUGAAACACAUACUCAGAAAGACACAGACUUUUUUUGAAGAGGCUGAAAUUCAUCAUACUCAGGCAAUACAUGAUCCCUCACUGACAGACGAGACGAUGGGACUUCUGGGAGAGGAACCAUACAGAUCUGGACAAGCCUUAAAGCUCGGGUUUGUAGCUGGAGUUAUACUGAGGGAGAAGAUACCAGCAUUUGAAAAGAUGUUGUGGAGAGUUUGUAGAGGCAAUGUUUUCCUCCGUCAAACUGAAAUCGUAAACCCACUUGAAGAUCCUGUUACGGGAGAUCAAGUUUACAAGUCAGUGUUCAUCAUAUUUUUCCAAGGAGACCAGUUGAAAUCAAGAGUAAAGAAAAUCUGUGAAGGUUUUAGAGCUACACUGUAUCCCUGUCCAGAGACUCCAGCAGAGCGAAGGGAAAUGGCUAUAGGUGUAAUGACAAGGAUUGAAGAUCUGAAUACUGUUUUAGGACAGACCCAGGACCAUAGACAUAGAGUUUUAGUAGCAGCAGCUAGAAACAUAAAGGUCUGGUUCAUCAAAGUAAGAAAGAUAAAAGCCAUUUACUAUACACUGAACCAGUUUAAUAUAGAAUCUUCUCAGAAAUGUUUGAUAGCAGAAUGCUGGUGUCCUGUGGAGGAUUUAGAUAGGAUACAACAAGCUUUAAGAAGGGGAACAGAAAGAAGUGGAAGUUCUGUACCAUCAAUUCUGAACAAAAUGGGUACCAAACAAACUCCUCCAACUUACAACAGAACAAAUAAAUUCACUGAAGCAUUUCAGGCCAUUGUUGACUCCUAUGGAGUUUCUACCUACAGAGAGAUUAACCCAGCUCCAUUUACUAUUAUUUCAUUUCCAUUCCUGUUUGCUGUGAUGUUUGGGGACAUCGGUCAUGGUCUGAUUAUGGCAAUAUUUGGAAUAUUCCUUAUUAUCAGGGAGAAAUAUUUCAUGGCCAAAAAGAUUGAAGAUGAGAUCUUUGCCACAUUUUUUGGUGGAAGAUACAUUAUUACGUUGAUGGGAUUGUUUUCUAUCUACACUGGAUUUUUGUACAAUGAUGUAUUUUCAAAGUCACUUAAUGUGUUUGGGUCGUCAUGGUUUCCCAUCGAUCCUCAAACAAACAAAGGUUAUACAAGUGCAACUUUACAUGGAUCUACCAAUUUACAAUUAGACCCUAAUACUUCAUAUGUUGGUGGAGGACCUUAUCCAUUUGGACUAGACCCUAUAUGGCAGAUGUCUAGUAAUAAAAUCACAGCCACAAACUCUCUAAAGAUGAAGCUCUCAGUCAUAUUUGGAGUCACACAGAUGUUGUUUGGUGUACUCCUUAGUCUCCUUAAUCAUAGACACUUUAAAAACAAGUUGAACAUUAUAUGUGAGUUCAUCCCUCAAGUGAUAUUUAUGUGCAGUAUUUUUGGUUACUUGUGUAUCCUGGUUUUCUACAAGUGGACACAUUUUACAGUUAGUGAUUUAGGAAAAGAUCCAAAUCUUCUUAUAGGGCUUAUUAACAUGUUUCUGAUGCAAAGAAAAAAGACUGACGUUCCAAUGUAUCCAGGACAGUAUGGCUUUGAAAAGUUCCUAGUUUUCCUGGCUUUUGUCUGUGUUCCAUGGAUGUGGCUAGCUAAACCUUUGUGGCUCAGGCACCAACACAGAUUUGGACAGCAUCACUACCAACCUUUGGCGACACAAAAUGGUAACUUAAUUGAUAUUGACGAUGAGGAAUGUAUUUACCACGAUGAAUUUGAUACAAAACACACAGAUGACAAUGAGGAAGAGGAGUUUGAUUUUGGCGAUACUUUUAUCCAUCAGUCUAUACAUACCAUUGAGUAUUGUCUAGGAUGUAUUUCUCAUACUGCAUCAUAUCUACGAUUAUGGGCCUUAAGUCUUGCUCAUGCCCAGCUAUCAGAAGUGUUAUGGUCAAUGGUGAUGCAGAUCGGACUGAAUUUUGCAUUUCCAAUUGGUGUAUUUUUACUGGUACCCUUGUUUGCAUUCUGGGCAGGAGCCACUGUAGUAGUUCUCGUACUGAUGGAAGGGAUGUCUGCUUUCCUGCACACCCUUAGAUUGCACUGGGUUGAGUUUCAAUCCAAGUUUUACAAAGGAGAAGGGGAGAAGUUCCAACCAUUCACAUUUGAAGAUCUUACCCAAUACAGUGUUGAAGAUUAAUACAUCCCACCAAACCAUUGCAGCUUUACUAGCUUGAAUGUAUACCAAAAGAAUAAGAGAACAUGCAAUUGUCUAAAAGAUAUUGUGUGCAGAUAUUAAAACGUUGACUUUUGUUCAGCAUUUCUUUUUGUUAUUUUAAGUUUUUCUCAUUUUCAAGCAUCUGGUCUUUCUUUCUAGAAAUUUUUAUUUAUUUGAAAUAUACAUUUUUAUUUAUUGAGAUCAGUUUAAGCAUAAUAACUCACUGUAUGACUUGAUACAUGAAGAAUGUAUUAUAUAUAUACUUCUUGGAGCAAAUUUUGUUCUAUUAAGAUGUCACCAAUAAAAUUAAAGUAUUUUUUUAUUCCAAAAUUUCAUUUUGAUGAUUAUAACCUAACAGAUUUUUCAAAUUUAAUUCUUUGUAAAUUUCCACUUUGAUAUUAUAUACCUCAGUAUCCUAUCUUUCUGGAGAUAAUUAAUAGCUGACUGUAGUCUGUACUUGGAUUUUAUUUCUUUGAGAGAGCUUUUGGACAGAUAUAGAGACCAAAUCAUACCACAUUUUCUUGACCGUGAGGCUUAUGUUCAUGUUAUAAUCUUUUGACAUAAGGAUGCAAAAUAUUUUCAACAUAUUCAUUUUCGUAGUACUUGUAGAUUUCAGCUGUCUGUCACUUUCAUGUGAAUAACAUUUGUGUCAUGUGACUCAAUCAAUAUCAUGUGAUUAACAUUUGUACCAUGUGACUCAAUCAGUAUCAUGUGAUUAACACUGAAUCUCAAUUGUUAUUCUAUCAAUAAUUUGUUGUUGUAAAUAAUUAUCUUUAAAUUAUUACUGUUUACAUAUAUAUAUAUA